ACUGUCGACGGGUACACCGUCCUUCACCUCGCAGUUGCCUCCACCCAGUGGAAGGGUGUGCAGGUCUUGGAGAGCCUUUUGCAGGAUACUCGGGUCAAUAGGAACCCGAGAGACAUUUUCGGAAGGACUCCAUUGAACAUUGCAGCCAGUUCAGGAGUCUAUGACGCCGUGAAGUUGCUCCUUUCCAACGGAGCGGACGUCAAUAUGUCCAGCAAUCCGACAUGCCCGGAUGGAAAGCUGUGGACCCCCCUUCACGCCGCGGCGGCCCGUGGCCACGAAGGUAUCGUUCGUCUCCUGACCUGCCAUCCGCACAUCGACUUGAAUCGGAAAGGCAUUUUCGGUGAGACGGCACUGGAUCUUGCGUUGAGAGCCUCUUGUGUCUCCGCGGCAAACGUGCUUCUCUCUACGAGAGGGAUCCAGGCGCCGGAUACUUGCGUUAACCCCGACGGUACCUACCUCUUCUCGGACCGAUACAGUGACGCCAUAAAUAGGCUGUUGCAGAGACAUCUCAUGGCAGGGAAUGCCCAAGUUGAGUUGGAAGAUGAGUGGGCUUGAGAAGAGUGUGUCGUCCGGUGACAAUUUGCCCGUGCGAAUUCCCUUCUAUUCCCGAAAAUUCCGUUCGCCCUCGGGCUUUCCAUAUUCUCUACGUUCUCGCAUUUUCCGGCUCUUUUUCUGAGGUUUUCUUUUCCCGUCUCUAAAGGUUUGUUCCUCCUCAAAUGUGGUAUCUGCUUGUUUCAUCGCUUUCCGUUGGGAUUUUCUUCUAAAAAAUGAGGUUGGGGGUAGGCCCUCGAUUCCAUUCCCGAAUUCUGUUCGCCCUCGGGCUUUCCAUAUUCUCUACGUUCUCGCAUUUUCUGGCUCUUUUUCUGAGGUUUUCUUUUCCCGUCUCUAAAGGUUCGUUCCUCCUCAAAUGUGGUAUCUGCCUGUUUGAUCGCCUUCCGUUGGGAUUUUCUUCUAAAAAAUGAGGUUGGGGAUAGGCGCUCGAUUCCUUUCUACUGGAGUUUCCGCUUUUCUGGGGGCCCGUUUGAGGCGGUUGGUGGUACUGCUGGUUAGAAUGGUUUCCGCAACGAUUGUUUCGGAUUUGAUAUGUCUCUUGCCCGUCUUUUUUUGAGAAGGGUUCCUCUGCUCAAUUUUCCGUCAUUUGAUGUGUUUUCUUUGUUCAGGACGGGGUAUUUGAUGGAUCUGCUGUAACGUGGCUGGCUACCUUGGACGGUGAUUUCUGUGCUUGCUUUCUCUACAUUCUUCU